UGUCAGUUAAGACUGUUCAGGCGGCCGGAGAAAAAUCAAAAAUAUGUUCGUUUAUCCGUCCGGCCUGACGUACAAAACGACAAGCCUGAACGUGUGUAUGGCGUGGCCGCCUGUUGGGACAUCCGGCUGUCAGGUCAAACAGUUCAGUCUGAGUUCAGUUUAGUACAGAACCAGAGUAUAGAAGUCGUUACCAUGUCGCGGGAAAGAGAAAACACGUGUUUAGAAGAAUUUAUCGCAAUGAGUUGUGUCUAUGGCAGGUAAAAUCGAAAGACUAUCACGACCGUGGCAAGAAAGAAGCGGCGUAUUGAAAAUUGAUAAGAAAUUGAAGGAAAUUGAUCCUUCUUGUACUACUACUGUGUCUACUGUUUUAAAAAAAAUUAAUAAUUUGAGGAGUAGUUUUCGAAAGGAAGCAAAAAAAGUGAAGGAUUCAAUGAGGACGGGAUCAGGGGCCGAUGAAGUUUACCAUCCCAAACUUUGGUAUUAUGAUUUGUUGAAGUUUGUGGAAGACCAAGAAGUCUCUCGAAACUCUCGAAGCAAUAUCUCGGAUGACGAAGACAGCGAAAAUGAGGAUGAAUCACAGGCCGAAACUUUAAACACAGAUGCACACAGCCCUCAAACUGAACCUGAAACCCAAGAUUCUACUGAAAAAACUUCAAGUGUGGCUUCAGGUUCGCAGUUUCGCCAUAGACCGACACCAAAAUCUCAAAAACCAGAUGACCAAACACAGUUAACAAAAGAAUUACUAGCAACCGUCAAUAACCACUUCAAACGGCCACGCACAGCAGAUGACCGGUUUGACAUUGUUGGUAAAAACGUUGCUAUGAAGCUCAGAGAUUUAACCAACGAUCAGAGACGCCUUGCAGAGAAAUUUAUUAAUGACGUACUUUUUGAAGCUGAGGGAGGAACAUUAACACCACAUCAUAAACUGACUUAUCAGCCACCUUUGUCUAAUCGUUAUCAUUCAUCCAGUACCUAUUCUAGCCUGCCAAGCUUUCAACUCUCCGCAACACCAACACCACCGCAGCAGUUGCUACUACUGAACUCCCCUACGUCAAAUGAAUAUUAUUCGAAUCAUUUAUCUAGUUCCAAUCCUAGCCGCCCAAGUUCUCAAUCAUCCGCAAUAUCAUCACCAUCGCAGCAGUUGCUACUCCAGAACUCCGAAGCUUCAAUUGAACACCACUCCCAGAAUAACAUGUUUUUUCCCCAGACAGAAAGUGUUCAAGAAAGGGAACCGUCGGCAUCACCUCGCCAGUACCAGACUGCUGGUUCUCUUUUAGCUUCAUUCACUUAUGCUGAUAACAACUGAUAACUGAACUUGUGUUUGUAUCUUUUAUGGAAGAAAUAUAAUGUUUUUGUUUAUAUGUUUAAUA